AUGUUGGAUGCAGAGACCGGCGAGGCAAUAGGUGCCCCUCUCCAAGGGCACACUAACCGUGUCUGGUCAGUCGCGAUCUCAGCUGACGGAACACUCAUUGCGUCUGGUUCAUCAGACAAGACGGUCCGAGUAUGGGAUGCGGACACUGGCAAUGCAUUGGGUACGCUCCAAGGUCAUACCCAGGCCGUAUACUCCGUCGCAUUCUCGCCGGAUGGAAAACGUAUUGUGUCUGGUUCAUAUGACACAACCACCCGGGUGUGGGAUCUAGAUUUUGUAAACAAGCACCAACUCAUAUCUGGAAGACCUGCAAUAUGUUUCUCCUCCAACCCAACUCAUGCCCUUUGCUCCGCCUUUUCCUUUCUUCAAGAUUCUCCCACCCCAGCCUCUCUCACCCCCAACGAGGAAGGGUGGGUUGAAAGUCCCGAGGGUCAUCUUCUCCUCCGCAUCCCUGUCGAUUUCUAUCGGUCCGUGUACAUCCCGGGUGAUACGCUGGUUAUUCCCAGUCACACAUUGCAACUGGAUUUGAGUCACUUCGCGCACGGCACCUUAUGGUCCGAGUGUGGAGCCGCACAUUAA